ACUCUUACUCUCAGUGCUCCAUCCAGCUGUUGUUGAAGGAAGAAAUAGUAACACAAUGGGUAUGGUGGUGGUGAUAUCUCUCCCUCUUAUUCUGUUCUGCUUCAUUCUUGGCUUUGGAUGUUACUUCUUCGGAAGGCACAGGGGAAGGCGUGAUGUCCAGACCAACCCUCAAGUCUAUGGGAUGCCUACUCCACCCCCCGGUGCCGCUGCCGGUGCAGUUCCUCCGCCUUACUUCAAGCCAGACAAUGCUUCUGCCAACGUUUGAAAUGCAUUCUUUUCUUUGUGUUGUGCUUGCUUGUUAAGUUGCACACUCAAACUAUUGGUUUUGGUGUAACUAUUAUUCAUAAUUGUACUUGUUUCUUGUAUGUAUGUUGUAUUUUGAGAUCCAAUAACGUAACAUCUCACAUUCCUUUAA